UAUCUUUUCCGAUAAAAAAAAAGAGAAGAAUAAGGUUUUGUCGUUUUUAUCCCAAACUUGAGAAACUAGGGUUUGUGAUGGCUUCAGUAUGUAUGUCCCGUGGGAUCCUAAAUGUGUGAUACUGAACUCACACAUUUAGGAUCCUUGAACCAUGGGAUCACUGACCCGUGGGAUCCUAAAUGUGUGAGAGCGUGCAGUAUGUAUGUCCCUGGAAAAGAGCCUGAAGGUACGAAGCGUAUGUUGGAGAAGAUUCGUGGUAAACGUGACAUACGGAUCCACUAUCACACACAAGUCGAGGAGUGCCGUAUCAUCAACGACCAGAUCGUCAAGUCACAGGGCUUUGAUGUUGAUUUCUCUAAGCUACGUUACCUUUUCGAUUUCCAGCCUGCGUUUCUCGAUGAAGUCUAUCCACUCGGCAAACCAGAUACCGGCCGGGUCUGUUUCGGUAGACUGUCUGCGGAAGCCAUUGAGAUUUACAACAAAAAGAGAGGGGACUAAUUUUGAGUUUGUUGAGGUUGAGAAAGCUAAUAUUGACUCGAACAGCGGAGAGGUCUACUUCAUCACAUUUGUAGCCAAAGAUCCUCUUGACAAGAAGACGAAAGUGUUUCAAGCUAAGGUCAUUCAUGUGUUCUGUAGAGAGAUUGUACACAGCUUCUGCAGGCUUAAACCCAAUCAACCAGAGUCCAUUGCAAAGAAAGCGCCCAUUUCAAGUAAAAAGAAGAGAAAGCAUAGGUUGAAAAUUAAACCAGGUUGUAUUAAUUCAAACCUAAAAGGUGAUGGUUUGGGCCUCGGUGAUAAGCAAGCAGCCCAGCCCAAGAGCAAAGAACAACGGUCAUCAGAAGCUACUUAUGAAAACAGAGCAGAAGGAGAUGAGUACAAGCAAAGGAUGAUGAGUGAGCUUGCAAAUCGAUUCUUUGCCCUUGCUUCAUUUGACUUAUCAUGAUGAUGCCAUCUAUAUACUACAUCUAGGGUUUUAGGCUUUUCAUAUAAAUUAUAUGGAAUCCAUGGUGAUUGUAAGAACUCGAGAGAGUUGAAAGAAAUCAAGAAGAUGAAGAGUGAAUCUAUUAUGAUCGUAUUCAA